AUGUCGCUCCAAACCCCGGUCGGAAUCUAUCAUUGCGGCAUGUGCAAAGCCGAGUACACUCGAGUGGACCAUCUCGUUCGCCACGUACGCGGGCACACCAAACAGCGACCGUUUGUUUGCACGAUAUGCUCCAAGGGCUUUGGCCGCCAAGAUCUCGUGAAACGGCAUAUGUUGCUUCACAGUGAGUGGGACGACCUAAGUCCAACAACCGGUGACGGGAAACCCAGGCAGACCCGAAGAAACGGCCACCGCGUCCAUCAAGCGUGUCGGCUCUGCGCUGUUAGUAAACUGAAAUGUACCGACGAAAAGCCCUGUAAGCGAUGCCUGGAAAAGAACCUCUUCUGCGAGUACGAUCAAGACUCGAACGUGAUGGACGUCGAAGCUGGGUCGGCAUCAGGGGCCCAACCUUGGGCCCGCAAUGAUGCAACCCUGACCGAGAAGGACCAUCAGCUUGACCAAACAAUGAGACAAGGAGUCACUCCGGACUCAAAUCAUGGCAUUGCCGCCGCGGAUCCUCAAUCGGCCCAUGUCACCGCCCACCAGGGAAACGCCAUGAUUGAAUUGCAGAAUGGAAUCCUCCCAGAUGUCCUCGGCGGCACUAUGAACAUUGCAGACCUGGAUGAGUACAUUACGUUCGACUUCAAUCCGGUCUUGGAUGAGGUUGAGUUCUCUUUCCUUAAUGACUCCAACGUUUCCCCCGCGGAGGCUCCAGUACCUAUUUCUCCGGCCUCGAAUCGGAGCGCCGACUCGUCCACUAUGGGUGUUGGCUCGGAGGUUUAUCGAAUGUCGACAUCUCUAAAUGGCUGGGCUCCGGAUAAAGACGGUAUCAGCGUGAUGGAACACCAGAAUUUAAUCCUACCGAUCCAUGUCAGUCCAAUACGACUACCUGCGUUGUCAAGAUUCCGGUCUGUUUUCAAAAAGGAUUUGUCCGGAGCCAUGAGAGAUCGGAUUUUGACCAUGAUUCUAAGAACAAGUCCAAGAAGGACAUUGGACAGCAUCAUCGGGUCGUUUCCCUCCCUUGAGACUUUGCAGAAUCUCAUUCAUUACGCGCUACUUCACAUGACAGAGCGUCAAGUUGUGCCCUUUGUCCACCUCCCUAGUUUUGCCAUCAACCAGCAGCGUCCCGAGCUCCUCUGUGCACUCGUGGCGUAUGGCUCGGUGUGGUCGCCCUCCAUCGUGGUUCGCAAAUUUGGUUAUGCAGUGCAGGAAGCUGUGCGGAUGAGUGUGAAUCAAAGGCUUGAGGAGGAACCGACAGCGUUUCGAGAUCUAGGAAUCAUUCAAGCGUUCUACAUCCAGCUCUAUCUCGGCUACUACAGCGGUGUGGCGCGCAAGAUCGAGACCGCCGAGGCCAAUUCCAUGCUAGGGACGACCAUGUUGCGCCGGGGCCAGAUGUUGCGAGCCGAACUAUACCAACCCCCGCAGGCGUUUUUAGAUGUCGCAGGAUUGUCUCUGCGCGAAAAGUGGUUACGAUGGGUCGAAUCAGAAGCUAGAAAACGUCUUGUCUAUUUUGCCAUGGCGAUGGAUGCACACGUGUCCAUCUCACGAAGGAUCAACGUCCUGUUUCCAUAUGCCGAGAUCGAAACGCCACUACCAGCAACGUCCAAACUUUGGGAGGCAGAUACGCCCACACUCUGGCAUGAAGUUCUGUCCCGGGAAGUGGUACUCAGUAAAGAGCAGGCCCUCUGUCUGCGCAGCAUCUUGCGCCAGCCACACGCUGUGGAGGAGUCUUACGGCCUUUGUGAUGAGAACAGUCUCGCGUUUAUUGUCUUCUCCGGGUUCUGGGCGUUGAUUCAAGAGUACAGACAGAUGGAAUCCAUCCUCUCCAAAGCGCAGAACGACAACGACUUCGUCAUCAACUCAAGAUAUUCGGAACUCAGUACGACUUUGGACCAGCUCAAAGCCGAACUCAGCGACACCCACAGUCUGUGCCCAAGAACAACCAUCAUUCAAGAACUAAUCUCACUGCAUCUCAAUGCAUCAUUCUACGACCUGUCCGACUAUACUGGACGACGAACUGCACAGGACGCGCAAAGUGCGAUGCCGUAUGUCCUGCGCUGGUACCAAAGUCCGCAGUCUCGGAUGGCGCUGUGGCAUGCCGGACAGAUCUUCAAGGCGGUCCAUUUAUUGGAUCCAGAGACUCUGGUCGACAUUUAUGCUAUUGCCCUGUAUCAAGCCGCGGUCAUAUUAUGGUUGUGGGGUCUGAUGCGGAAAGGACAAGCAACCUCCGCUGAUCCGAGCGCGACGACAGUAGUGAUGGACGGAGAUGAAAGUCCGGCCGUCUUGAGGUUUUUCAAGACGCCACGUGGUGUCCCUGUAUUGACGGGAAAGGCGGGCAGGCUGAUUCCUCUCCACGAGCCCGCCAUGGUCGUUGAUCUGGUGGGCGACCUGGUGCUGGAAAAAUGGCCCUCUGGACGGCUGCCCUUGACAACCGAGGAGGUCUUGCGGCUGAUGCGCGGAUUCUCGAGCAUCUCCAGAGACACUGCCAGGGUGUGA